AUGACAGGUGACGUUCUCAAUAUACUAGGUCAAACUCCAGGCCUCUACAGACUGUACACACAGAUAUUUUCCAUCUACCGUGUACCGGAUUCAUCUUCUCAUGACGGCAUCAUCGACACCUUAACAAACGGACUUGGCCAAUUGGCAAAAAGUUCCCCAUGGCUUACUGGCCAGGUUGUCAACGAGGGUGCAGGGGAUGGUAAUACGGGCGUCUUCAAAAUAACUCCCCUCGAGAAAAUCCAGCUCGUGGUGAAAGAUCUACGACAUGAGCCCUCCGCACCGACAAUGGACGGGCUUCGCCAGGCCAAGUAG